UGUGAUGCCAGGCCUUGUAGUCGAUCACCGAUGAGCAUCAAAGAUGAAAGCGGGCUAGCCUAGCAUGAUUUCAUGGAGGUUAACCAGGGACAGACACGAUGGAGCAGCACAUUCAACCACACACAGCGGUGUAGCUUCACCUGGAGACUUAGCUGCACAUAGACCCGAUAUUCUAAAACAACCGAGGGCGGAGAGGAACAGCGCGAUAUGCAGUCAUGAAGCGGGUUCGCACUGAGCAGAUCCAGUUUGCUGUGACUCAGUACCUGAAGCGAAGGCAGUAUGUGGACACUGAAAGCUCCCUGAAAGGAGCCAAACUCUUCCAGUCUGCUGAGGAGAUGGCUGCCAGCCUCACAGUGCAGACAGAGUCGGGCUAUGCCAACAUCGUCUCUGCUGCUCCCUGUCAAUCCGACCCACAGCAGUACGAGACACAGUACUCAAGGCUGCGCAACUUUCUAUCAGAAACAGAAAUUCCCUGGGCGAAGGAGGUGAGCAGCAUCCUCUACCCAUUCUUCGUUUAUCUCCACCUGGACAUGGUGCGCUGUGGUCUGAAGGGAGCGGUUGAUGGUUUUUACAGUCGUUUCCACGGUGCCUUUCUUCAGGAUAGUGAGCAGCGUGCCACUGUGGAGCAACUCCGCCACGUUCUCACCACUCAAGAUGUUGCAGCUAACCCAAAACUCAGUGCUUUCCUGGAGCACAAGUAUGUGAUUCACCUGACGGAGCCAGCCUACAGCUACCUGCUACGGUACCUGCAGAGUGAAGACAACAGCGCCCUCUGCAGAGCGCUGAGUACACACCUGCAGGUGGAGGUUACCACCUCACAUCGUACUGACUACCAGCUGUAUGGAGCUGCUGGUGGGGCAACCACCGCCCCAAACUCCACCUCCUCCUGGGCAGGAGUGGACGGGGCAGAGGGUGGAGAGGGAGUGGAGGUCCCUGCAGGGAUCCCACAGAAUGAGGCAGCCCUGGAGGCUCUGCAGGACUGUAUUAAGAAAGUCCGUGAAGGUCCGCCUUCCCUCACCACCGUGUGCUUCUAUGCCUUCCACCACACAGAGCAGAUGCUGAACACUGCGGAGGUCUCUGCUGACAGCAGGCUGUUGGCUGCUGGCUUUGACAGUUCCACGGUGAAGCUGUGGAGCCUCCGGGCCAGAAAACUGAAGGCUAGACCUCAUCAAGCUGACGUAUCUCGAAUUCACCUGGCAUGUGACGUCCUAGAGGAGGAUGUGGAUGAGGAGGACAGUUCUGGCAGUGAGAUUAAGACUCUGCGAGGUCACAGCGGUCCAGUGUUUUGCACUUCUUUCCUGACUGACAGCUCUGGCCUACUGUCCUGCUCUGAGGAUACCACCAUCCGAUACUGGGAUUUAGGCAGCUUCACCAACACGACGCUCUACCAGGGCCAUGCCUACCCAGUUUGGGAUGUGGACAUUAGCCCCUGCAGCUUGUACUUCGCCAGUGGCUCCCAUGACCGCACUGCCCGCCUCUGGACGUUUUCACGCACCUACCCACUGCGGCUCUACGCCGGGCACCUCUCCGAUGUUGAUUGCGUCAAGUUCCACCCCAACUCCAACUAUCUGGCCACUGGUUCCACAGACAAGACUGUGCGCCUGUGGAGCACCCAGCAGGGGGCAUCUGUUCGGCUUUUCACAGGCCAUCGUGGACCAGUGCUGGCACUUGCGUUUUCGCCUAAUGGGAAAUACUUGGCAUCAGCUGGUGAGGACCAGAGGGUGAAGUUGUGGGACUUGGCAUCGGGGACAUUGUUCAAAGACCUGCGAGGACAUACAGAGAGCAUCACCAGCCUGUCAUUCAGUCCGGACAGCAGCCUGGUGGCAUCCUCCUCCAUGGACAACUCAGUUCGGGUGUGGGACAUCCGGAACUCCCAUGGGGGGGCACCGACAGACGGCUCAUCCAGUGAGCUGGUGGGACUAUACACUGGAAACACCAGUAACGUGCUGAAUGUCCAGUUCAUGGCCUGUAACCUGCUGCUGGUGACAGGAACUGCACAGGAGAAAACGGAACAGUAGCCACUGCCAUUUGUUUCUGUUUGGAGAAAAACUUUUUUUUUUUUUUUUAUUUGAUGGUGUGGUCAGGGAUUAAAGGGGCAAGUGGUGAGAUUAACAUUCAGAAAUUAACUCUAGUUUCAGCAGAGAUCAGCAGCAUUGUACCCAAAAGUAUUGGUAUUGAUCGGGUACGGCAGCAUGGU